GUUGAGUUCGGCUUGGUCGACUCGAAUCCGCGAAGACUCCAUCAUUCCACCUCUCUCUCUCUCACACACACAGACACGCACUCGAUUGUUCGUUGGUGAAAGAUCAGUAAUCACCAAUGCGACAAGUUCUAUGAACGUGACAAUCGAUCAACGAAGAUCAUACUGUGAUCUGCAAAUAAAUGAUACGAAACUCUCAGUGAAAUUGAAGUAUCCAAAUGUCUCAGAAUAACAUUCCGGUGAGCGAAGUCUACUGGUCUCUCGUCAAUAAAGCCGACAAGAAGUUCUCUAAAAUCAGGGAUUUAUCCUACUAUGAACGCAACAGGUAUGAUACGUAUUUCUACAAAGUAUUUAAGGUCUAUACACAAUUGUGGAAGCUUCAACAAGAGAAUCGGCAGAAGCUGGUUGAAGCCGGGCUUAAGAGAUGGGAGAUUGGAGAUAUUGCUUCUCGAAUUGGUCAGCUUUAUUUCGGACAGUAUAUGCGGACAAGUGAGGCGAAUUAUUUAUCGGAGUCCUAUAUAUUCUAUGAAGCAGUGUUGACCAGAGAGUAUUUCAAGGAGGGAUUGUUUCAGGAUAUCAAUCUUGCAAACAAACAAUUGAGGUUUCUUGCUAGGUUUCUGACAGUGUGUUUGGUGUUGAACCGGCGAGACGUUGUGCAUCAGUUGGUGAAUCAGCUUAAAAUGUUGGUUGAUGAGUGCAAAAGGACUUUCCAGGAAACUGACUUUAAAGAAUGGAAGCUGGUGGUUCAGGAAAUAGUUAAAUUUCUGAAAGCUGACACAGCUUUUAUGAAUAUCAGGCCUUUGAGAUAUAGUUUCUUACUGGACCUUCAUCCCGAUAAUCUACCACAAGUUGUCGGUGGAAAGAGAAAGCUAAGACUAAGAGAUUCAAUACUGAGCAGUUACCAUCCCAAUGAGAUCAAGGUUUCGGAGCUCACACUUGACACUUUCAAAAUGCUACAAUGUCUUGAGUGGGAACCCAGUGGUUCAUUUUACCAGUCAAGCAUGAUUGGCACUAACAUUGAUCAGAAUGGGGCCCCAGGGUUUAGUCGUAUCAACUACUCUCAGGAUAUUACUGAUCCUACUUUGCCAAGUAACCCGCGCAAAGCUAUCCUUUAUCGUCCAUCUGUUACACAUUUUAUUGCAGUUCUGGCCACAAUUUGUGAGGAGCUCCCUCCUGAUGGAGUUAUCUUAGUAUAUCUAUCAGCUUCAGGAACCAGUGUGCAUAAUAGGUCAUCUCCAUCCCGUGCUGGAACUUAUAUUGGCAAUACUGAAAACAUUGUCAGGAGCUUCCAAUCUCAUACCAUCUACUCUGAUGAAACCUCUACUCCUCCAUUUAGUUCUCCAUUUGAUAGCCCAAACCCUUCUUCUCGGCAAAAUAAAGGGGAUUGCUUAAGUUACCACACUGGUGGCUUACAUAUUGGUGCUCGUGGAAAUGGAGGUUCAAAUUGCAUCUAUCCUUGUGACUUGGUUCCAUUCACAAGAAGACCGCUUUUCUUAGUAAUUGACAGUGACAGCAGUAAAGCAUUCAGGGUUAUAAAUGGAGCAGAAAAAGGAGAGCCAACUGCAAUGCUCCUAUCUCCGAGUUCUUUAUCUCCCAUACAUGCUGCUGUGGAUUCUUCUCAUCGCCCAAAUGGAAGCCUAUUUACCAGCUUUCUGACAGCUCCUUUGCAGGCUUUUUGUCUCUUGCUUGGUUUUUCUGGCUCUGAUAUCGAUAUGGAUUUGUACAAUAAGGCUGAGAAGCUGCUUUCUUCAUCAUUAAAUGACUGGGGAUCAACUUUGGCAACGUCAGACAAUCUUGAUCCUGUUUGGGCUCAAGUCUUGGGUGAUCCAUUCUUGAGGCGACUUCUUCUAAGAUUCAUAUUUUGUCGGGCAGUACUUGCACUUUAUGCUUCAACUUUCAACAAGAAGGAAUUUCUUCCUGAAUGUAUGCCUUGCCUCCCCGAGGCUGUUCUGCCAAUGACUGUAACAUCUCAAAGGACAAUUCAGCAGAUAGCCGGUGUAUUCGGUGCAACAAACAGAUUCAUCUUCUCAGAAGGAAUUAUGCUUCCUGAAAAUAGACGUGCUGGUGCUGGUGCUGAUGCUGAUGCGUAGUCAAUUUCAUCUUCAUGAAGCUCACAUUGGUGCUGAAAAUAGUUUUAAAAUGUAAAUUUGUGAAAGUAAAGGAUUGUCGGUUUUUCAAUUAUCCAUCUUCUCUAAUAUGUGCUCUCUUCAUAGGCACGGUCCUGGCUGGUCGCGGUAGUGGACUGAUCCCCAUGAAAGAGCAUUUUGGAAAUCAUGUAUCCUUUCUUUUGGUUUGUGAUCAUUUGAUGCAAAACAACAUUUAUUUUUUGAAGUGUGAAAGUUUUAAUACAUCAAAGUAUUCUUGAACAAA